CAAGUGGGCGUACAGUCAUCGCGGUUGCAUCGGUUGGUCUUACUCGUGUCUCCUGAUCGCGUUGUAUUACGUCCUGUUUUUCUCAACCAGGGAAUGGUCCUGGAGUUACUACGAUUCCUUUCGGGAGGGAAUAUUCUACUUUGAGAACCAAAAGCUCAGGAGCUGCAUCCACCUGCUUGCGGUUCCGGCUCUACUCAUUGCCAGCGUAACGAGGAACUCGGCGGAUUUGCUGGUGUACAAAAAGCUCGAGAACAUCGACCGAAAUUUAUCGUAUCUGAAUUCUCCCGUCGACCACAAGCUGCUGAUGCGACGAGAGACCGGCAGCUUGUGCAUCUACGUCUUCGUCGUUCUUGCGAUUAAUCUAUUAACGUAUUUUGCCACCGUUACCGCAGACUGCGGUCCCCUGUUCGACUUCACCUGGAUUUUGAACCACUUCCCCACCUUCGCGGAGGCCCUUGUCCUCGCGGGGUUUCUCACACCGCUUAGAAAAAUCCAGGAAAGAUUCUCCAAGGCGAAUGAAAUAAUCCUGAAAUCUUUGACACCGGGAAAAAUCAGCGUCAUACUAUUGCGGUCGAUAAACGUCAACGACGCUCUCCGACUGAGGCUGGCCAGGCGCGUUCAUCACCAACUGCACGACGCCGCGCAACUCCUCAACGAGUCCUACGGUCCCAGACUGCUGUUGAUUUUUCUCAUGACUUUUUUCUCGAUUCUUUUUCAUCUACGAAGUGCCCUCGGUCUUGUUGAAAUUACGAUCGCCAGGUUGGACAUCGCGCUUCACUUCGCAUGGAUCUGCUUCGACGUAGCGAAAUAUUUACACGUGGCCAGCGUGUGUCGCGACACGGUGAAAGAAUCAAAAACGGCCGAGGAAUUUUUCAUCGAAGCUUCCGUAUCGGGGGAAACUAAUGGCCUGAACGACGAGAUAAAGGCAUUCUCUCGCCAGCUAAUGAAUCAAAAAUUGAAGUUCACGAUAUGCGGCAUCGUCUCGAUUGACUUUCCAAAAAGGAUGAUGAUUUACACAUUGAUCCUGAUCUACUUUUUUCCCUUCGUUCGAACGGUGUAAAAUUUUGAGAGACACGUAGAGCGAAACCGACCUGCACAGACUUAUAAUUACAACAUUUAUUCUACAUCAAUGUAAGAAAUGACUUGCCCACGCCAAAAUCUGAUCGCCCAUCACUUCGUUUUGUUCGAUUCAUCACCGAUUAUGCCGCAACCGUAUCUACGGUGCGUCGGAAUCCGAGCUCUAAAUUAUACCGCAACGAUCCGUUCGCAAAGUUACAAAAUAAGAAUGAAAAAUAGUCCAGAGAAAAAGAAAGAAAGAAAAAAGAUCAUCUAAGUAGUUUUGCACUCGCCGUAACGUAUCAGUGAAAGUGUAUACAUAAAUCAUCGGCGCAGGAUGUGGUAUAGCUAGGAUUUAAAAAUGAAACCGGAAAAUACGAAUAUCUGAAUUUUCUUAAUCCCCUUAUUUUUCUCAUGCAUCCGUGCGCUUUUUACGUUAUUUUAGUAUCGUGCGCGUAAGCAGCUAAUUCGAAUUACGUCGGUGUACAUCAUGUACAUUUCAGGGCGCAGUUUGAUGUGGAUAUAUUCACAGUACAUUAUAACCGUGCAGAGAUUAAUUCAGUAAAAUACGAAACGCGCUGAGGUCUUCUUACGACGACGCUAAAAAUGGACGAGGCGAAUGGAUGCUGCGCACCAUCUUUCAUCCAAUUAGCCUACACAUGACGGCGGCACCGGUACAUACCUGUGCAUAUAUAUAUAUAUAUAUACCUACCUAUAUAACUUGUACGAAUAUACAGAACUCUUGUGCCAUAUUACAACGCACCGAUCUAUUUACACGGGGCAAGGUCUUUUUUGCGCAACUGAAAUGAAACGCGUCUUUUAACGUACACCUAUACGUACACUUUUGAAAUAAUACCCACGUUUGUAGAUAACUAUGAAAGUAUAUAUGUAAUACAUAAGUACGUAGGUAAGUCGCUCGCCUCCUCCGCUUUCGCGAGAUUCCAUCCGAUCUCCCGCGUCCACGUACGCACGUGGCCAGAGAUGAUUUACACGAUUCGCAUUCAGCGUUACGCGCGUACGUACGCAACGCAAAAAUGAUUGACGUUAUCGAAAGCUCGCCCCCAUCGACGCAACGUAACACCGCCGGAGGAUCGCCAGAUGUUUCUGGAUAACGAGGAGUUGGCGAAUAACGCGGGGAUGACGACUGUGCGAGUCAAGGCAAGGUGAUACGUGCGUCAACCGGAACCACCGGCAAAAGCUUCGCUAUCUAGGUUGUUUCUAUAUUAGGAAAGUAGGCAGCGAUCGAAACGAUGAGUUUUUCAUCCGUACCGAGGUCACGGGCCCGCGUUGGAUCCUUGGCCAGCCGGUUGAGGAGACGACGCACGGCAAUCGCGUACGCGUCGAGGCGAGAAACCACCCUGUGUAAAUAAAAAAGAAAAUGGACUUCGUUCGCCUCUGUAUCCCGAAGAUCGCGUCUAAGUAGGUAAGUAUGUGAAAUGGAAAGUGGAUGGACCCCACCGGUGAUUCGUAGCCUCCGGUUUCUCAAUCGUCAAUGAAAACGAGCCCCCGACUCCGACGCUGUUUUGAGUUCAACUUUCGACGUUCGCUGAUCAAAGAAAAACCAAUGAUGCGCCACUUCGUUCCCGCGUGAAUAUUUUAUCGACGAAUACCGCCGGGGCUGCUUGCGUGUGUGCCCGAAUUUUCCUUACCGCGAACUGUAUAAUGAAGCGAGAAGAAAAGAAGAGACGAAAAAGUCCUGUAAUCGGAUGAAGGUGGAAAAAGUAAUUACGAGGAGGUUUUUUCGAGUCUCGCGCAGUCGGUCGUCGAAUGGAGAAAUUAAACGACGUACCCGCUUUCUUCGAUUUACGUUAAAUUUGAAGACCGACCGCGGCGCUAGAUGAAAUUACGUAACGGAUUAAUGCCGGCGGCUACAUAACGCGUUACAUACGAGUUUCCCCAUUAUACCCACGAGUUGUUCCCGCUGCGGCCGUUGGCUUCCACUUCUGCCGCGGUGUCAAGAAAAACGAGAAAACAAA